AUGUCUUAUCACGGAUAUGGUCAGCCCUACGGUCAACCGCCGCCCCAGCCAGGUUACGGCCAGUAUCCUCCGCCGCAGGGUCAAGGUCAUUACCCCCCUCAACAAGGCCAUUACCCUCCCGCCCAGCAAGGCGGAUAUUAUCAGCAACCGCCUCCCCCUCCGCCGGGCCAAUAUCCGCCUCAUCACCAGCCGCCGUACGGUCAACCGCCGCCGCCGCAGCACUACAAUGCCCCUCCGCCUGCACCAUCGCCCUAUGGCCAUCACUCGCCUGCGCCGCCCCAGGGCCAGUACGGCGCUCCUCCUCCUCCUCCCCAUCAUCAACAAUAUGGCCAUUCGGUGCCGCCAACCCCGCCGUCGUUGGGAUAUGGCGCUCCUCAGAUCAUUCAAUGGGAUGCCAAUCCCGAUGCGCAGGCAUUGCGGGCUGCGAUGAAGGGUUUUGGCACCGACGAAAAGGCUUUGAUACGAAUCUUGUCCAACAGGGACCCACUGCAGAUCGACCUUAUUCGGACAACCUUUGACCGAACGUUUAAACGAAGUCUCAUCAACGACAUCAAGAGCGAGACGAGUCGAUAUUUCGAGAAAGGGCUGGUGCAGCUGGCGUAUGGGCCCCUGCUUGCCGAUGUCCAUAUGCUGAGAGACGCGAUGCAGGGCCCGGGGACCAAGGAAGCAGUCUUGAACGACGUCCUCCUCAGUAGAUCCAAUGCCGACAUCAAGGCUAUCAAGAGCGCAUACCACCAGCAGUUCGGCAGGUCCCUGGAGCAAGAUGUCAAGGGUGAUUUGAGCAUGAAGACCGAAAGGCACUUCCUCAUGGUUCUUGCGGCCAACAGAGCUGAAGAUGCGGCGCCAGUCGAUCCCCGCAAGGUCGACGAAGCCGUGAUGCAACUUUACCAGGCGACCGAAGGCAGAGCCGGCACGGAUGAAAUUCUUGUUUGUCAAAUCUUGACCAGCCACAACGACAACCAGAUUCGUGCCAUUGCCCACACCUACAAGCAAAAGUUCAACCGUGACCUGGCCAAGGUCAUUGCCUCUGAAUUUUCUGGACACAUGAAGGAUGCGCUCCUCUACCAGCUGGGCCACGCUGUCGACAAAUACAUGCACGCCGCUGAGCUCUUGGAAGCGACGAUGAGUGGCCCCGGAACUAAAGACCAUUUGCUUGUUCUCCGCGUUGUGCGAUUCCACUGGGACCACACGAUGCUAUCCAACGUCAAGGCGGCAUAUCAACAACGCUACCGCCGAAGCCUGGCCAGUCGCAUAGACGGAGACGUAUCUGGCGACUACAAGAGAUUGAUGCUAGCAUGCAUUGGUGAGUGGCGCUGA